CAGUUUGAAUUAUCAGUAAGCAAUCCAUCAAUUUUAGUACUGUUGUCUGCUCGUGAUUAAAGAAACGCACAGAGAAACAUAACCUUUAAUGCAAGGAUAUUUGUUCAGGCCUGAUAUUGCAAUUAAGCUAUUGAAAAUAUGUAUUCUGCCUCUAAUGUGGUACCAUUUGCUGUCACUUUUGGUGUAUUGACUAUUACAGCCAUACUGGUCCACUUUAUUCUUAAAAGGAAGAAAGAUCCACCGAAACUUUUAAAAGACCCCACUGUGAAAUAUAGUGUAGAGCUUGUUGAAAAAGAAGUUAUUAACCAUGACACAAGAAGAUUUCGUUUCAUAUUGCCAAGUAGUAAUCAUAUCCUAGGUCUUCCAAUAGGACAGCAUAUUUUUCUCAGUGCCAAAAUUGAUGGAAACAUUGUGAUUCGCCCAUACACUCCCGUAUCUAGUGACGAAGAAGAUAGAGGCUAUAUUGAUCUUGUCAUUAAAGUUUACUUCAAAGGGGUUCAUCCUAAGUUCCCUGAUGGUGGUAAGAUGUCACAAUAUUUGGAAAACAUGAAAAUAGGCGAGACCAUUGAUGUUCGUGGUCCCUCAGGAAAGCUAAAAUACUUAGGAAAAGGAAAGUUCAGUGUUAAACCAGAUAAUAAAUCUCCUGCUCAGACCUUUGAAGCUAAAGAAAUUGGAAUGAUUGCUGGUGGAUCUGGAAUUACCCCAAUGCUUCAGUUGGUAAAACAUGUUCUUCGAAACCCUGAUGACAAAUUGAAUUUGUGGUUAUUGUUUGCAAAUCAGACUGAAAAUGACAUAUUGCUAAGGACAGAAUUGGAAACUCUUGCUUCUCAAUAUCCUAAUAGAUUUAAAUUGUGGUUUACUGUAGAUCGUCCUACAGAAGGUUGGAAAUAUAGUACUGGUUUCAUAUCUGCUGAAAUGAUUACAGAGCAUCUUCCUCCUCCAACUGAUAAAUCUUUUAUCCUUAUGUGUGGACCUCCUCCCAUGAUUAAGUUUGCAUGCAUCCCAAACCUUGAUCAAUUAGGAUAUGAUGCAAAAAUGAGAUUUGCAUAUUAAUUUCUAACUUCAUCAAUUAAGUUACGAUGCAAAGUAAAGAUUUGCAUAAGAAUAUGUAACUUUAUCAAUUAGAAUACGUUACAAAUUAAAAAAUUUCAUAUUAAUUUGUAUGUUUCAACCUUGUAUAAAAUAGAAUCAUUUGUUCUUUUAUAUAUUAGAUGUUUAGUUUUUGUUUCUUUUUUUACAGCAUAUAGUUCAAAUAUAUACUUUUUGAUACAACAAAUAUACUCUUAUUGGAUUAUGUAUAGAACUUAUCAUGUAAUAAAAUUUACUAACAAGCA